AUGGCCUCCGACUCUUUCAACAACGGCCCUUCGUCCCCGGAUGACUCCAUCUCCAGCCCAAUCGGCAACACCUUCUCUUCUCCCGCCGACGCAGCCGCCUCUCGCCAGAGACGCCGCCGCCGAUCCACCACCCCCACCGCCUUCGCAACCCCUCCGGCCUCCCGCUUCGCCGCCUCCGAAACAACCCCCACCCCAUCCCGCAGGCGCCGCACCAACGGCACCGCGCGUACUCCCCCCUCCACCGAUGACGCGCCGCCGUCCUCCGAAGCCGGCGACAGCUACGGCAUGGACGAGGACCGCCCCACCUUCGUCUGGGGCACCAAUAUCAGUGUUAAUGAUGUUAAGCUCGCCAUUAUUAGGUUUUUGAAGAACUUUCGGGACCAAUCGCAGAAUUCGGAGAGCGAGUAUCUUACUGAAGGGAAGUACAUUGAGGCCAUCAAGAGGAUUCUGGAAAUGGAAGGCGAUUCGCUCGAUGUGGAUGCUCGAAAUGUGUUUGAUUACGAUCCGGAUUUGUAUGCCAAGAUGGUUAGGUAUCCACUUGAGGUUCUUGCUAUUUUCGACAUUGUUUUGAUGGAAAUGUUGCCUGUCAUAAACCCCUUGUUUGAGAAGCACAUUCAGACUCGGAUUUUCAAUCUCAAAACGUCAACUUCCAUGAGAAAUCUGAACCCAUCUGAUAUUGAGAGGAUGGUUUCGAUAAAAGGAAUGAUUAUUCGAUCUAGUUCAAUAAUACCCGAGAUAAGGGAAGCAAUAUUUAGAUGCCUAGUGUGUGGUUAUUACUCCGACCCUCUUCCUGUAGAAAAAGGGAAAAUAAAUGAACCUACUAGAUGCAUGAAGGAAGAGUGUCAAGCUAAAAAUUCUAUGACACUUGUCCACAAUCGUUGCAGGUUUACUGAUAAACAGAUUGUGAGGCUCCAGGAGAUGCCUGAUGAGAUCCCUGAAGGUGGUACACCACAUACUGUGAGUUUGCUGAUGCAUGACAAACUGGUUGAUGCUGGAAAACCAGGUGACAGAGUUGAGGUCACUGGAAUAUAUCGGGCUAUGAGCGUAAGAGUUGGACCAACGCAGAGAACUGUAAAAUCAUUAUUCAAGGCAUGCUUCUUGCAUACAUUGAUCUUUUUCUUUUGAUUGCAGACUUACAUCGAUUGUCUGCAUAUAAAAAAGUCUGACAAGUCAAGAAUGCUGGCGGAGGAGCAGACGGAAGUUGAGAAUUCCUUGGUUGGAGAUUCAGAAGAGAUUAUUUUUGAUGAAAAGAAGAGAUCAAUUUAUACUAUCUUUUCACUUGUACUUGCAUCAGGCUUUGUUUGUAUGCUCUCCACUUAUCAGCUCCCAUUGUUUUAAUUGCAGGUGGAACAAUUGAAAGAGCUGGCGAAACAGCCUGAUAUAUAUGAUCGCCUAACCAGAUCUUUGGCACCAAAUAUCUGGGAGUUAGACGAUGUCAAAAAAGGCCUUCUUUGCCAGCUUUUUGGUGGGAAUGCUUUGAAGUUGCCAUCUGGUGCUAGGUUCCGUGGGGAUAUUAAUAUUCUUCUUGUUGGUGAUCCUGGAACCAGCAAGUCCCAGCUGCUCCAGUACAUACACAAGCUUGCUCCCCGUGGCAUAUACACUAGUGGAAGAGGGAGUUCUGCUGUUGGUUUGACUGCUUAUGUUGCGAAGGAUCCUGAAACAGGGGAAACCGUUUUAGAGAGUGGAGCCUUAGUUUUGAGUGAUAGAGGCAUUUGUUGCAUUGAUGAAUUUGACAAAAUGUCUGACAGCGCAAGGAGCAUGUUACACGAGGUGAUGGAACAGCAAACUGUGUCAAUAGCAAAGGCUGGAAUCAUUGCUUCCCUUAAUGCUAGGACAUCAGUCCUGGCUUGUGCGAAUCCAAGUGGAUCUCGCUAUAAUCCUCGCUUGUCAGUAAUUGACAACAUUCACCUUCCUCCUACCUUAUUAUCUAGGUUCGAUCUGAUCUACUUAAUCCUUGACAAGGCUGAUGAGCAGACAGACAGGCGCCUUGCAAAGCAUAUUGUUGCUUUGCACUUUGAGAAUCCUGAGACUGUACAGCAGGAUGUUUUAGACCUUCCCACGUUGACUGCUUAUGUUGGAUACGCUCGAAAGCAUAUUCACCCACAAUUAUCUGAUGAAGCUGCAGAGGAAUUGACUCGUGGCUAUGUAGAGUUGAGGAGGAGAGGAAAUUUUCCAGGCAGCAGCAAGAAGGUGAUAACUGCAACACCUAGGCAAAUUGAGAGUUUGAUACGUCUUAGUGAAGCUCUAGCUCGGAUUCGGUUUUCAGAAACGGUUGAGAAGCAUGAUGUAAUGGAGGCAUUUCGGCUUCUAGAAGUUGCAAUGCAACAAUCAGCAACAGAUCACUCCACGGGAACAAUUGACAUGGAUCUUAUUAAUACUGGAAUUUCGGCAAGUGAAAGAAUGAGACGGGAAAAUCUAGUGUCAUCAGCCCGCAACAUAAUUAUGGAGAAGAUGCAACUUGGGGGACCCUCAAUGCGUUUGUUAGAGCUGCUGGAGGAGCUGAAGAAGCAGAGUUCUAGCAGCGAAAUUCACCUCAACGAUCUUAGGAAUGCACUGGCUACACUUGCAAGUGAGGGAUUUGUGGCUGUUCAGGGCGACAGUGUCAAAAGAGUGUGAUAGGAGGACCAAGAAACGUAUUGGUUGACAUUUGACAUUGCUUUUUAAUUUGUAACAAGAGGCUACUCAAGAUUUUAGUCGAAUGUUCAGUGCUUUUGCUGGUUGAUCAAAUGUAUGUAAAAUUAUUUUCAUGUAGUUGGCAUUAAGGAGUGGAAUGCCAUCAAGUAGCAAGUCGUUAAAGGUAUUGAAGUCUAAAAAUUUGGAAUUUGCAGAAAGUAUUGAUCUUAAUCUGUAAGAGUGCUGAAGUGCUUGGAUCCUCUAUUUCUCAUAUCAGUUUAAAGC